AUGCUGCUGGAUACCUCACCGCUCUGUGGAUUCUUUGAGGAAAUCCCUCCAGAAGGCGCGGGCUUGACGCACCAUACUUGCGUCGAUCAGUCAUUCCUCAUCUUUGCUGUCCUCUCGGGAAUGCAACAAAUCAUUGGUGUCCUCGAGAUUUGUCAAGCGACAGCGAAAUUGAACAGCAAGGAUCUUGUCACUAUCCCUUUUCUUGCUUCAGCAAUCUCCUCAACGUUGAUAUACAUUUGUCUGGCACUCGAACAGCACCAAUUGUUGAUCGAUGAACGAAGUUUGCUGGUGCUCGGCAGUAUCAAUUUUUCAACAAUGGCAACACUUUUCUAUGUCACUGUGGUUAUUUAUAUAAAUAGGCUGAUUAUUAUCGUAUUCCAUCGGUUCUCACAGCACUUGUUUUCAAAAUCGAAUGAAAAGCUGAUCCUUGCAAGCAUACUAUUGUCUUUUCUAACAAUUUUGGUUCUAUUCCUCUUACCUGAGGUUGAUAACUUCUACGAUUCCCGUUACUUAAUGUGGUUGGCACCUUCAAAUCAGGAAACAGUCAAAGUUCUUAUAACAUACAAGGACACGCUAAUGUUCUUUGCCGUACUGACUGGAAAUAUCUGCUAUAUUACCAUUAUCGCGUUUCUCCUUCUAACGGCGAAAGAUCGAAGAGCUGGAUUUGACAAAGUUGUCACACUGCAGGCGUCAUUUAUUCUAGUUUAUAAUACUUCCUCCUAUGCUUACUGGUCAUUUAUCCACGUGCGUUUAUUUCACUGUGAUUUAAAUGCUCGAUUCAUAAGUGCGUUGUUCUGGGCUUUAGCAAAUGGAAUUAAUCCAUUCCUUUAUCUCGUGGUGAACAGUUUGGAGCUGUCCUUCAUACAGGGCAUGAAGACAGUACACAUAACGUAUGCGAUUAGUGAUGGGAUAAUUGAAACGUUUAGCAAAGAGGAAAGACCGAUAGACAGUAAGUGUUCAAUAGAGAAGUGGCUUAUCGAUAUCAACAAUCAACAAGCACUGUCAUUCCAUAGAAUUGAGCAACGCUACUCGAAAUGCUGUCAGUUCCCAUCAGCUAUUUACGGACCCAUUCUAACUUACUCAUACAGCCUGAACGUCCGGCUAACGCCAAACAUCAAGCUUCUUCUGGAGCACGCUUCGUGCGCCUUCACUGAUCAGUAG